UUACGCGCAUGCGCGCUACGUCCAUCGCGGGCACCCGUACAACAACACGGAAGUGAGGGGACUCUCGCUAUGCGUCGAAAUGCUGCGUUAAGCUCGUAAAUGUGCGGUAAACCGAGUGCGUAGGUUACAUUUAACACAGCAAAGAGACACAGUUCAGUUUUUAAUGAACCUGUUUUACUUUAACGUCGGGAGUUAUGUCGUCGAAAAGCGGGAAGCCAGGCCCGGGGUUAGCUUGCUAGCUAAGCUAGCUAGCCGCGCGUGCAAUGAAUGAAAUAGUGCACGGAUAGUUAUUUUAAUUAGUAAGAAAAUGUACACCUAGUUCAUUAAUGAACGAUAAAGUGUGUGGAUAGUUUUAAAUAUUUAAGAAUAAAAUGGUUCAGGACGUGUUCCGGACCGGAUUCCUAGUUCGGGCCGCACACACCUUGCUGACCUGGGUUAUAACUCUCAUUCUCUUCGUGCACAACACUGAUUUGCGCCAAUGUGAGGAACGCGGAGAGCUGCUACUUCCGGUGCUUUUCUUCCUGCUGGUGGUGCUUUCAGUGCUCUUGUACUUUGCUGUGUCUCUCAUGGACCCGGGCUUCGUCCUCUCCGACACUGUCAAGGCUUCAGACCUGGAGACCGAGUCUAUGAUGCCUCAGACUUCCACGGCUCGUCUACGACGUUGUGGCUUCUGCCUGCUGCAGCAGCCAAUGAGAGCCAAGCACUGCCAGACCUGCAAACGCUGCGUGCGGCGCUUCGACCACCACUGUCCGUGGAUGGAGAACUGCGUGGGCGAGAGGAACCAUCGCUGGUUCCUGCUCUACCUGCUGGUGCAGCUGCUGGCGCUGCUGUGGGCGCUGCAGGUGGCCUUGUCGGGCAUCUCGGCCGCCGCCACGUGGGAGUCCUGGUUGCGGGCCAACGGCUUCCUGCUGGCGGCGCUGUGCGUGGCGGGCGUCUUCUCGGCGGUGGUGGCGGUGCUGCUGGGCUGCCACCUCUACCUGGUGUCCAUCAACUGCACCACCUGGGAGUUCAUGUCCCGCCACAGGAUCGCCUACCUGCGGGAGCGCCAGGACCAGGACAACCCCUUCGACCGCGGCGUCCUCUGCAACCUAAGGGACUUCUUCUGCGCGUGCGGCACCGUGGCGUGGGAGCAGGUCUACCACGGGAACACCCAGAACCCCGUCUGAGGCGCCAUGCAGGAGUCGUGGGCGGAGCUUGUCGAAGCAGGAAGCACUUCCUUGAUUAGGUGAGCACAAAGCACGCGGGAGGAUCCAUCCCAGGUCAGCCGUGCAGAGCGCAGAAGUCAAAGUCGGCGAAGGCUCCUUGCUGCUCGUCUGACAGGCUGCCUGGUCGGGAGGGCGGCGACAAGACGGGCUGCAAGCUGGUGAAGUCGCUGUCGAAGUUGCUGACGUCGGCCGACUCUUUGAUGGACGGCAGGAAAGGAGGCUUCACCUUCUUGGCCAGCAGCGCCUCCCACUCCACUUCCUG